ACGUUUGAUAAAUAAACUUAAGAUUUUUACUCCUCAGAAAGAUGGGCGACGAUAAGUUCUUAGAGUCUGGACAAUACAUCAUUCAACAGAGAGAGGAGGAUGAUGAUGAUAGUCCAAGAGAAGGGGAACUAAGGGAGCAGGACAGGUUCUUACCGAUUUACAAUAUCUCCAAGGUGAUGAAGAAGGUGGUCCCUCCUGCCGGCAAGGUGGCCAAGGAGGCGAGAGAGUGUGUUCAGGAGUGCGUUUCUGAGUUUAUAUCCUUCAUCACGAGUGAAGCUAGUGAGAGAUGCCAGGCAGAGAAGCGUAAGACGAUCAAUGGUGAGGAUAUCCUGUUCGCAAUGUCCUCCCUGGGAUUCGACAACUAUGUUGAACCACUCAAACUGUACCUGCAGAAAUAUAGGGAGGCGAUGAAGGGUGAGAGACAGAUAGAAGCAGAGCUCAGUAAUCUUGGAACAGAGGUGAUGACCGCUAGCCAGCUACAAAGUUUGACGACACAGGACGGUGAGGUCCUGCUCUACCCCAGCCAACCUUUCCAACUCGGAUAAAUCUGCUCUAUCCAGGGGUGGAUACUUUCUUUAAAAAAUCAUUUUAAAAUCUUAUUCCCCAUAGAAGUUUUUUCCGGGUUUUAUUCGCUGAUUUGGGAAAACAAAAAUGGGGGAAAAAACGUGCCUUUUUGACGCCAAACUUUUCAUUUUAUUUUCCCGGAGCAUCAAUAAUCUUGAAAAUAUACACCCCUGUUCCUACAUUCUUUCCAGCCAUGGUUUCAUAGAACUCAACUCUGAUUGGAAGAACUCUUAACAUACAAGGGGGCAUUUAAUUUCUAUUUUUAAUAUUGUAAAUAAGGAAGAAUUCUAAAGUAAUUGGACAUAGUAGCUAAAUUGUAAAAUCUUGAAAACAUUAACCAAGUGAAUAAGAUCUCCUAAAUUAACUUUUUUCGUCAUAAUGUAUUUUUCAUGUCAUUUAUUUUCAAUAAAAAUCGAGACUAAAACUUACAAAGCUGUGCUUUGUAACAAAAUUAAAACUUAAUUAAAAAAUGAUAGUUUUAUGAUAAUUUUAGGAGAAGGAUUAAGUUUCAUAAACGAAAUUUUACACUUAACGUUUGUUUAAGCACAGAAAAAUAUGCAAUUCAUUUUUUUAUGAAAUAGCUUUAACUUGUUCAAAUCAAAGUACAAAGUUUGGAUGAAAUGUUUCCUCAAUUGAAAAUUAUAAAAUUAAUGCGUGUGUACACUGUGCACUGUACAGUGAACGUAGACGAUGUACAGAAUAAUGUUUGUAUGUUGUACUACUGUUUAAUUGCAGUACAGUACAGCAGACAGUAUUGUACUAACGGUAAUUACUUGAAUUUAAGAUUUCAGAGAAAAAAGUGGAAAACAAUGCUUCGUCAUAGAUCAGUUUCUGCUCUCUCAUCUUUUUUACGACAAUCACAGAUUCGAGUGGUCGCGUUCAGCACAGAUGAAUCUGAAAGUGAAAAA